AUGAAGUUCCUCGUCGUCGGCGGAGGCGGUCAAGUCGCUCGUCAUCUAGCCCGUCUGGCCCUCAAGGAGGGCCACGAAGUCGUCCCGGUCGUGCGCAACGAAGAUCACGUUGUAGACCUUAAAUCACUCGGUGCAAGCCCCACCGUACUCGACCUUGAAUCCGCCCCAGUCACCGACCUCACCACCCUCCUGACCGACAAGUCACCCGACGUCGUCGUCUUUGCGGCUGGCGCAGGAGGAAAGGGCGAUCCUAGUCGGACCCGGAAGGUCGACUUUGACGGAGCUGUCAAGGUGUAUGAUGCGAUGGAGGCGGCGAACUGCAAGAGGCUGAUCGUGGUGGGAGCGAUGGACGUGAGGAAUAGAUCAAAGGAUAUGCCGGAGUGGUACACCAAGGAGGACAAGGAGAUGAGUGACAAGAUGUGGGGAGCUAUCCCGAAGUAUAUGGAGGCGAAGUACGACGCCGAGGUAGAGCUGCACCGCCGAAAACAGAUCGCAUUCACCGUCAUCCGUCCCGGUGGUCUGACCACCGAGCCAGCGGGCGGAGUGACCAUGGGGAAGACUGCCUUGGGCAAAACAAGGUGA